GAGAUGCUCUUGCAGGAUGAGCUUGGGCAGCCGUGCUGGGUGGGGAAACAGAGAUGCUCUUGCAGGAUGAGCUUGGGCAGCCGUGCAGGAGUGCACAGGGGGUGGGGAGCUGUUCCGGGGGCUCAGAAACUUCUGAACUUCUGGACCUGGGGUUUGGGAAAUGCUGUUUUGGCUGUGUCAGGGGUUCAGGAGUGGCCUCUCCUCAUGUGGCUGCUGCUCUUUUCCCCCAGGUGAGGAUGCCCUGAGCUCUGCAGUGGAGGCUGGCGGCGAGCGGAGCGGGCGGCAGCUGCUGCAGGCGCGCGAGCAGAACGGGAGCGGCGUGCCAGGGGGGCAGCUCUACGUCAGGAACUGCACUGAGCCAGCUCUCCACGAGUUCCCCAAUGACAUCUUCACCAACCAGGACAGGAGACAUGGAGCUGUGGUCCUGCACGUCCUCUGUGCUGUGUACAUGUUCUACGCGCUGGCCAUCGUCUGCGACGACUUCUUCGUCCCCUCGCUGGAGAAGAUCUGCGAACGCUUGCAUCUCAGCGAAGACGUGGCUGGGGCAACUUUCAUGGCAGCAGGCAGCUCUGCUCCCGAGCUGUUCACAUCUGUCAUAGGUGUUUUUAUCACAAAAGGAGACGUAGGCGUCGGAACCAUCGUGGGCUCGGCUGUAUUCAACAUCCUCUGUAUUAUUGGCGUGUGUGGGCUUUUUGCAGGACAGGUGGUUGCGCUGUCGUCGUGGAGUCUCCUGAGAGAUUCGAUCUACUACACACUGUCGGUGGUGGCACUCAUCGUGUUCAUUUACGAUGAAAGAGUUUCCUGGUGGGAGUCCUUAGUCUUAGUGCUGAUGUACGUCAUCUACAUCUUUAUAAUGAAGUACAAUUCAACCAUACAUCACUGCUUUGAGAGGAAGACAAAAAACUCUGCGAACAUGGUGAAUGGUUUAGCAAGUAACACGGAAAUGGACGACAGCAGCAACUGUGAUGCCACAGUGGUGUUACUAAAGAAAGGUAACUGUUCCAGAAAUUUCCACCGUAAAGCCUCAGUGAUCAUGGUUGAUGAGCUGCUCUCUGCCUACCCACACCAGCUUUCGUUUUCCGAGGCUGGGCUGCGGAUCAUGAUAACCAGCCAUUUCCCUCCCAAAACACGUCUCUCCAUGGCCAGCCGCAUGUUAAUCAAUGAGAGGCAGAGGCUGAUCAACAGCAGGACUUACACCAACGGUGAGUCAGAAGUAGCAAUCAAAAUCCCCAUCAAGCACGUGGUGGAGAACGGGACAGGCCCCGGCAACUCCGCGGAGCGCGGCGUGAACGGCACGCGGCGGGAGGAGGACGCGGCCGAGGCCGGCAAUGAGAACGAGAACGAGGACAACGAGAACAACGAGAACGACGAGGAGGAGGAGGAGGAUGAUGAUGAUGAUGACGACGACCAUGAAGGGCCAUACACACCUUUCGACCUACCCACUGGCAAGAUGGAAAUGUUGAAGUGGGUCCUCACAUGGCCCUUGAGUUUUGUCCUGUACUUCACAGUGCCCAACUGUAACAAGCCCCACUUGGAAAAAUGGUUCAUGGUCACCUUUGCUUCUUCAACCCUGUGGAUUGCAGCUUUUUCUUACAUGAUGGUGUGGAUGGUGACAAUCAUCGGGUACACACUGGGAAUUCCAGACGUGAUCAUGGGCAUCACCUUCUUGGCAGCAGGAACCAGCGUGCCAGACUGCAUGGCAAGCCUUAUCGUGGCCAGGCAAGGUAUGGGGGAUAUGGCCGUGUCCAACUCCAUUGGAAGCAAUGUUUUUGAUAUUUUAAUUGGCCUAGGCCUGCCAUGGGCUUUGCAGACCCUAGCAGUGAAUUAUGGAUCAUAUAUUCGGUUAAACAGCAGAGGACUUAUCUAUUCUGUUGGUCUCCUGCUGGCAUCAGUUUUUGUCACAGUUUUUGGUGUCCACAUGAACAAAUGGAAACUGGAUAAGAAGCUAGGGUGUGUGUGCCUUUCCCUUUACGGCAUCUUCCUGUGUUUCUCCAUCAUGACAGAAUUCAAUGUUUUCACCUUUGUGAACUUGCCCAUGUGCAGAGAUCACUGAUGCAGGUGGCAGACUGUGGGCAGGAGCCUCCUCUUUACCUGUGCAAUACGAGCCACGGCCGGCGGCCCCUGGAUGCAGAGCACCGCCGGGUGGUGCCCCAAAUGUCUCCUGUUCACUGUCCAUAGGACCCGUGGCCCCACCCUCUCCCUGGCCCCCUCCUCCUGGAACAAUCCUGCAUCCAUGUGAAGAGUGGUUUUCAACAUCCCUGUGAUUUCCUAGCUCAGUUUGUGAACAGUGUGACUGGGACUCAAGAUGAACUGGCUGCUAACUGGCAUUAAGCCAGUCAAAACUGGUCUGCUACAAUUCCUUCUUUUUUUAAGUUAUUUGAUGGAAGACUAAUUAAUUUAUGACUUAAGACUAUUGCUACAAUGCAGAAGAGGGUACGUCGUACGGAGGUUGACUUUCAAGGAGAAUCGUGGGAAUUUUUUUUUGUUGUGGACAGUGUUUUUUGUUUGUUUUUAGCUUUUAGUUUUGGGUUUGCAGGG